CUCUGAUGGUACAGCCUUCCUCUGCUGCUGCUACUGGGACUCACAGACAAGCUGCACAUACUAACACACUCCACAAACACAGAGACAGAAGGAGAACAAGCAGCCCGGCAGACAGACAGACAGACGUACGCCUGGAAAGAGGGAAAGCACACCAUGGGCUGCUGUAACAGAAGGUGCGGGCUGAUAGCCGGAGCUGUGUUUGGGGCUGUGGUAGCCAUCCUGGGAGGCAUCCUUAUUCCUCUGGGGAACAAGAUCAUUCAGGGGACUGUGGAGAAGGAAGCCGUCAUUGAGCCUGGAACGAUAGCUUAUGACACCUGGACUGCUUCAGGGGCAAAGGUGUACAGACAGUUCUGGUUCUUUGACGUGAAAAAUCCAAAGGAGAUUCUGGAACAUGGCUCAAAACCAGUGGUGAUGGAAAAAGGACCUUACACAUAUUGGACAAGAUAUCUUCCCAAAGAGAACAUCACAUUUAACUCCAACCACACGGUGUCCUUCCUGCUGCCUCAGGGUGCCAUCUUUGAGCCAUCUAUGUCAGUGGGACCAGAGGAAGACAACGUCACCUCGCUCAACCUUGCAGUGGCUGGAGCUUAUUCACUGGUUGGAGAGGAGCUUCAUCCUCUUCUAGAGAUAAUGAUACAAGCAACCAAGUCCUCCUUGUUCCAGUACCGGACAGUGAAGGAAUUGCUGUGGGGGUACACAGACCCUUUAAUGAAAGAUACUUUGGGCCUAUUUGCACCUUACAAUGAUACGUUUGAUGGCUAUUACAACGUCUACACUGGCAAGGACGACAUAAAAAAAGUAGGAAUGAUUGACAUGUGGAGAGGAAGACGGAGCUUAAAUUUUUGGAAUGACUCUUACUGUGACAUGAUCAACGGGACGGAUGCUACAUCCUUCGCUCCACUUUUGGACAAGAAAAAGCCCCUCUAUUUCUUCUCAUCGGACAUUUGCAGGUCAGUUUCAGCCAGCUAUGAGAAGACAGUGGAUCUGAAAGGGAUUAAAGUGUACCGUUACUCCCUCCUGCCAGAGACCCUCGCUUCCCCUGUGAACAACCCAGACAACAGGUGUUUCUGCAGAAAUAUGAAGAUCACCAAGAACUGCACCUUGGCCGGAGUACUGGACCUCAGCUCCUGUCAAGAAGGGAGACCUAUCUUCAUUUCUCUGGCCCACUUCCUUCAUGGCAGUCCAGAACUGACAGAGCAGAUACUGGGGCUCAACCCCAGUGAGGAGCAACAUAAAACAUACCUGGAAGUAGAACCUACCACUGGGUUUACUCUGAAUUUUGCCAAGAGAAUUCAAGUUAAUAUGCUGUAUGGACCAUCAAAAGACAUCACGGUGCUUAAGAAAGUCAAAGACUACACCUUGUUUCCAGUUGUUUGGAUGAACGAGACGGCGACGCUGGAUGAUGAGACGGCGGACAUGUUUAAGAAUGAGCUAUUAUCUCGUAUCAAUAUGUUGGAGGUGAUACAGCAGGUGCUGCUCGGCACAGGUAUUGCCAUCUUCCUCCUGUGUCUCAUCUUCUACUGCGUGGUGAAGAGGAAGCAGAACCAAAGCAAGCUUGCGUGAAGGAGCGAUGCGAGCACGGUGCAUUCAAGCUGCUAUGCGACAUCAACCCUUUUGAUAUAGACUCACACUUUUUUGUAAUUUCACUGUUAUUUAUAAUAUUUUACCUCCUUUUGUACCAAGAGGAGGGAAUACUGUGAUUUUGUAAAGCUCAAGAGCUGAAUUCCUUUGCCAAGUUUAUUUUAAUUGCAAUGUCACAUGAACUCAAUCAGGGAUAACUCUAGAGAAAGCAGGUGGAAACUCCUCCCAGCUGUCAGGUAAUCCUUCACAACCCUUAGGCGGGAGUUUGACAUCCUAUGACAGAAAUGUACACAAAUCUAAUAUUGCGCAAAUGUUUAUAUUAUUUGCUGAACUAGUGUCUUUAAAAUGAAUUAAAAAGCUGAAAGAUCGAGUUUUAUUUGUCCUUGA